AUGGAGUUGAACCCGGUAGGACGUCUGGCCACGGCUGCCGCCCUGGAAAACAGGUCCGGGUCCAUGCCGUUCUUGGUCUCCGGAAGCAGCCACAACACAAGGAAGAAUCCAACCAUGUUCCAGGCCGCGUACCAGCCAAACGCUCCCUGUGGCUUGAAAGCCCGCACCAAGGAUGGCCAGGUCAAGGACAGAAUGAAGUUGAAGAACCAGCAUGUAGCAGUAGCGAACGACAUCGUGACAUCACGAACGUACAACGCAGCACACUCAGCCGAGUACGUGAACGGAACUGGUCCCUCCGACGCAGAGUAA